AUGUCUUUUACAACGAAAGAUGUUGUCUUAAAAGAAGAUCGACCUAAAACUUUACUCUUACAAAAGCACUCCGACUAUUUAGCCAGUUACGGCUUAAAUAAAGAUGACUACGAGUAUUGUAUGACCGAAUAUCUAAGAAUGUCCGGUAUUUACUGGAGUUUAACUGCUAUGGAACUCAUGGGACAAUCAUCAAGGAUGCCUAAAGAAGAUAUAAUAGAAUUCAUUACACAAUGCCAAGAUAGUGAAAGUGGAGGUAUCUCGGCUAGCAUCGGACAUGAUCCACACAUACUAUACACAUUAAGUGCUGUACAGGUACUGGCGAUGUAUGAUAGAUUAGAUGCUGUUGAUAUUGUAGGAAUUGUCAGAUACAUAGUUUCCUUACAGCAAGAAGAUGGUAGUUUUUAUGGAGACAAAUGGGGUGAAAUAGACACUAGGUUCUCUUUCUGUGCGGUAAUGUGUCUAUCACUCUUACAACGAUUGGAUGCCAUCGACAUCAACAAGACUGUGGAGUUUGUGCUCAGUUGCAUGAACUUUGAUGGUGGAUUCGGUUCCAAACCUGGAUCGGAAAGCCAUGCUGGUCUAAUUUACUGCUGUGUGGGUACACUGUCGAUAUGCAAGCGCAUGGACGCCCUACACGCAGACGGGCUGGCGUGGUGGCUAUGUGAACGACAGCUGCCCAGUGGUGGUCUGAAUGGUCGACCGGAAAAACUGCCAGAUUUGUGCUACUCUUGGUGGGUCAUGUCUUCACUUUCAAUGCUGAAUAGAAUUCACUGGGUAGACAAGAAAAGCUUAGAAGAAUUUAUCUUAGCAUGUCAAGAUAAUGAAACUGGUGGCUUCAGUGACAGGCCCGGAGACAUCACAGACCCAUUCCAUACAUUGUUUGGUCUGGCAGGCCUUUCAUUACUAGGCAACACCAGUAUAAAACCUGUUAACCCCACAUACUGCAUGCCACAGGAAACAAUAGACAGGCUGAAACUAAAACCACAGAUACUGCAAAUUUAAUUUUAAGGAUAAAUGUUUUUUUAUUGUAUGUUUACAUUUGACGUGAAUAAAUUAUGUUAUUUAAUUUA